CGAGGGAUUAUCUGCAUCAGGUUGACUCCUGUGUAGAAGUUGCGAUAUCUAGACAAAAAGAACGUGUGUCUGUUGAGCUCAGUAAAAUUGAUGCAAGAAUUAUGCGAGUAAUAGCUGCGAUGCAGCAGUUGGAAGCUAAACUUGAGCCUGCACCUGCUUUUGAUUACCAGGCAAUCUUAGUACCCCUAGUGAAGUCAUAUAUGCGGGCUCACUUGGAGGAUCUUGCGGAGAAAGAUGCCACAGAGAAAUCUGAUGCCGCCAGAGAAGCAUUUUUGGCAGAACUUGCUCUUGAUUCUAAGAAUGGCAGCAGCGGAGGAAGUGAUAAUGCUCGUCAUAUGCAUGAGAAAACAAAGGAUAAGAAAAAGAGCAAGGAUUCAAAGGCUAAUAGCGGCAGUGAGCUACAUAUGCUUUCCUCAGAGACUACUAAAGAAAUCUCAUAUCCAGUCGCACACGAGGGAGAAGAUAUACAGGCUGAGAUAGUGAAUGCUGGAAAUGGUGACACCUUAGAACAAGAGGAAGAGGAAGUCAGGCGUAGAAUUGAACUUGAAGCUCAGGAGAGAAAGCUAGAAGAAACUUUGGAAUAUCAAAGGCGUAUUGAAAAUGAAGCUAAACAGAAGCAUCUAGCUGAGCAACAUAAGAGAACUGUGGGGAUAAAUCCAGAAAAAGUUGCAGCAAUUGCUCACUCUGAUACUUACUUAAAGCAACAGCAAGAUGAUCAUGAUGUCAAUGUCCAAUGGAAAUAUAGAAAAAAAGAACCCAUGGUACAGAGGAAUGGAUUUUCAAAUGCCAUGGAAGGUUUUCCAGAGGAUGGAGUUGGAGGAGUUGGACAAAAAGCUGGUAACUAUAUAUACACAAUUAAUGAACAAAUCGUGGGCAUGAUUUAUGCCAUAAUCUUUGCCACAAUUUCUGCCAUCAUCUUAUGCCAUAAUCUCUACCAUUGA